AUUGAAAGGGCAAUUUACUCUAUCUCUUCAUCCGAAUUCUCAUCCAAGAAAAAACACCAUACGAUCAGCAAUCACGGAUUAAUAAUAUCACUUUAGUUUUAAACGAUAUGGAAAACUACAAUCGACUUGAGAAGGUUGGUGAAGGCACGUACGGGGUAGUCUAUAAAGCAAGAGACCUGCGCACUGGAGAGAUCGUAGCACUCAAAAAGAUCCGCCUAGAGGCUGAAGACGAGGGAGUUCCAAGUACUGCUAUUCGUGAGAUUAGUCUUUUGAAGGAAAUGAAUGAUGAAAACAUUGUCAGACUCCUUGACAUUUGUCACGCGGAAGCCAAACUUUUCUUAGUUUUUGAGUUCUUAGACCUUGAUCUCAAACGAUACAUGGACAAAGUUGGGGACGGAGAAGGGAUGGGCCCGGGGAUUGUAAAGAAAUUCUCUUUUCAAUUAUGUCGAGGAGUUUGCUACUGUCAUGGUCAUCGUAUUCUUCACCGAGAUUUGAAACCACAAAACUUACUUAUUGAUAAGGAGGGUAAUUUGAAGUUAGCAGACUUUGGAUUAGCUCGAGCUUUUGGUAUUCCAUUACGAAGUUACACGCACGAGAUUGUGACGCUUUGGUACCGGGCGCCUGAAGUCUUGUUGGGUAGUCGUCACUAUUCUACGGGUGUCGAUAUGUGGUCAGUGGGAUGUAUCAUUGCCGAAAUGAUAUCCCGACAGCCUUUGUUCCCCGGCGAUUCGGAGAUUGAUGAGAUUUUCAGAAUCUUCCGUUUGUUGGGUACCCCCAACGAAACUUCUUGGCCAGGUGUCCAAUCUCUACCAGAUUACAAACCUGGCUUCCCACAAUGGUCCGCUAAGGAUAUCGAGACUCAAAUCCCGAAUUCGAACUCGGUCAGCGUGGAUCUGAUCUCGAAAAUGCUGAUUUAUGAUCCAGCCAAACGAGCCUCAGCCAAAACUUCGCUCACGCAUCCAUAUUUCGAUGGAACUGAACUUCAAUAAUUGAGUUCUUCCCGGAAGUUUCAAUCUAGACUCUUCAUGACCGUUGCUAUGAAAUGUAAAACCAUCUCAGAGAGGGAACAGGAGGACUUUAAUCCAUAGAUCUCAUCAGUAUUAUGUGUUAGUCUUUAUAAGUAUUGUGCAUCCUUCAAUCUCUUCACUUGUGAAUAUCAUCAUCAUCAAUUUCAUCACAUAGAUUAUACAUAUAUAUAUAUAUCAUGAAUCGUACUGUUUGAUCAGGAUUGGAAACUGAAUGGUUGAGAUUGAUUUGAGGAAUUUCUUUUUUUUUUCUUUCUUUUUUUUCCAAAAUCUUACACAAAACCAAUUUAUUUUAAUCGUCUUAAAAAGUUCUUUUAUUGUUCGUGUGUGUGUGUGUGAAUUUUUUUUUCUAAUUGAGGAAAGAUGUGUUAUUAUUGUUUUAGUUGUGUGUUUUUUCUUUGGCGAGAGGAGGUGUUGGACUGUUUGACACUCAUUUAUUUAACUUACUACGUAGUCUUUAUCAGUUGAUUGAGAUUUUGAUAUAG